AUGGAGCUAGUAAAUGGAACCACGGUUCAGGAGUUCAUUCUGCUAGGCUUCAGCGUGGGACAACAGGGGCGAAUGCUGCUUUUUGCCUUGUUCACAGCUAUCUAUGCCCUCACAUUGGCUGAAAACUUCAUUAUCAUCAUGACGGUCAUUCAAGACUCUCACCUGGCCCGCCUUCCCAUGUACAUCCUGCUGGGCAACUUCUCCUGCCUGGAGAUCUGUUAUGUCACUGCUACUGUGCCGAGAAUGCUUUUUGACCUGCCUUUCACACACGGGGUCAUCUCCUUCCAUGCCUGCUUCAUCCAGUUUUAUGUCUUCUUCUCACUCGGCUGUACUGAAUUGUUGCUCCUCUCAGCCAUGGCCUUGGAUCGGUAUUUGGCCAUCUGCCGCCCUCUGCAAUACUCCAAGAUUAUGUCCCAAGAUUCUUGCUAUGCUCUGUCCCAAGAUUCUUGCUAUGUUCUAGUGGCUGUUUGUUGGAUCUUUGGUAUUCUGACACAUGUUGUACCAGGGGUUUUGAUCUCCAGGCUGUCUUUUUGUGGUCCCAACACUAUUGACCACUUCCUUUGUGACCCGGGCCCCAUCCUAGCCUUGGCUUGCCCUCCUGUAGGGUAUGUUGCCACCCUUCUCCAUGUCAUUGUCUCCUCUGUGCUGCUGGCCACCUUCCUCUUCAUUGUUGUGUCCUAUGGAUUUGUAGGUGUCACCUUGGUGAAAGCCUCUAGUCCAAGUAGCCGCGGCAAGGGCUUCUCCACAGUCUCUUCCCACCUAGCAGUGGUGACCCUUUUCUAUGGCUCUGUUGCAGCUAUGUAUGCCGGUCCCGAUGGGGAGAGUCAUGCCACAGUCACUAAAGUGGUGACUCUUUUCUACUCAUCGGUUACCCCUCUGCUUAACCCCCUGAUCUACUGUCUCAGGAAUGAUCAGGUAAAGGAAGCAAUGGCCAGGCUCUUGAAAAAGAAGAGGAUCAUAUAG